AAUGAACCGAAGUAAACAAACCAAAACAGCCAAAGGAAAAUAAAUAAAAGACUGCAAUAAAUGAAUCAAACAUGAAACUAAAGGAACCUCCUUUAAAACUUUAGACUUCAGCUUAUGUAUAGAUGAAUAAAAUUGAAAUAAAAAACUUCUGUAAAAUAUAAGACAUUAAUUUUGAUCCAUAGACUGAUACUGAAGCUGAUCAUCUGUGUCUGAACGAAAGGAUAACAACAUAAGAAAAUGUUAGUAGGACCAUGGGAAGGACUCCCACACAUAAAGAAGCUUACCCGGGGUCGGAGUGACGACUGGGCAGACAGAAUGAGCCAUGUGUAUACAGUGUUUCUCCUCCUAGCGUUUGCUGUAUUAGUGAGCACUGCUCACCUUGUUGGAGACAGGAUAAGAUGCUGGACGCCAGCAGAGUUCACCGGGGCGUAUGAAGACUAUGUUCACAACUAUUGUUGGAUAAAGAAUACGUAUUUUAUUCCACAGCACGACUAUAUACCACGAGAUAUUCAGCUGCAUCAGGAAGCUGAGAUCACUUACUACCAAUGGGUGCCCAUCAUUCUACUCUUUCAAGUAUUUCUCUUCAAACUUCCCAAUGUAUUCUGGGAAAUCAUCCAUGGAGGCAGUGGCAUACAGAUAGGGAACAUCGUAAAGUACGCUGAUUGGGCACACUACAAGUCACGUGAAGACAGGCAUGAGCUGAUUGACAACUUGAGCUUUUCACUUGACAAAUGGCUUGAUACAGAACAGCAAUAUGAACAUAACUGCAUUGUCCGCUUCAGAUCCAAACUCACUCGCAUCUGUUUCUUCCUCUGUAAUAAGAGGGAAGGCACAUAUCUCACAGCGUUGUACAUAUGUAUCAAGGUUUUGUACUUCGCUAACAUUGUGGGACAGUUUUUCAUGCUUAGUGCAUUCAUGGCCACUGACUAUAACAACUACGGUUUCCAUUGGAUUCAUAUGAUGGAAACUGGCGAAGAUAUGAAAGUCAAUCCUAGAUUUCCAAAAGUGACACUGUGUGAUUUCAAGAUAAGGCUUUUGCAGAAUAUCAAAGACUAUACAGUCCAGUGUGUCCUUCCGAUCAACCUCUUCAACGAGAAAAUCUUCAUCAUCGUUUGGUUCUGGCUGUUGCUUAUGGCCGUCGUGGCUGCUUACAGUAUUGUCAAGUGGAUUUAUUUGAUAGUGUUGAAGAGGAACAACUAUAUGUAUGUGAAAAAGUAUCUGAAAUUGACCGGGAAGCUGGGACCAGAAGACAAACAGAUUUGCAAGCAAUUUGCGGAAAACUAUCUAAGAGAUGAUGGUUGUUUUGUUGCUAGGAUGGUCGCGCUCAAUACAACAGAUUUAGUUACUGCAGACCUCUUAGACUGUAUGUUUGACCGUUACAAGCAAAAAGUAAAACGUACGAAAAAAGACGAAAAGGAUCCGAGCAUGCAUGAGGACACUGAUGAAGGCUCAUUUAUGGAAAAAGAAAAUUAUGAAAAUUGAAAUAAACUUUAUGAAACAUUGAGCAGUUGUAUAUUUCAUUAAUAGGUGCGGGAAAGUGUUUGCUAUGAUUGUUGUUGAUUGACGGUGAUGAUUUUGAUAGAAUUGAAGUUGAUAUUGAUGAAAACUAUGUAGAUGAUUAAGAUGAAAAUGCCACCGAAUAUAAUGUAGAUGGUGCCGUUGAGUUUGUCCUGUUUCUUAUUUAUGCACAUGACUGUCACGUGACACUUGUUAGAGCUGCAUGUUUGUAUUGCAUUCGUUAUUUAUAUUAUAAGUAUCGCAUUACCUCAUUUGUAACACAAUAGUUUGAGUUAUCAUUAUAAGGUUUAGAGGUAUGCACAUAAAUGAUAAACAUAGCAAAUCACAACCUUUUGAAGAUACUAAUCGAAAAUAUAUUUGAUUCUCUAAUCCUCUGUCAAGCAUCCAAUCUUGAUAACCAACGCAUAAACAAUAAAAUGUCAUACAAUUAGUGUAUAUAAAAUGAUUAUUAUCAGAGCAAAUAAAUAUAAAUGUAUU